CUGCAUUCAGAGAAUGAGAAGAACACCCCCACUGGAUGAAUUGCAGCCACCACCAUAUCAGGAUGACAGUGGUUCUCCCCAUCUCUCAUGUACACCCUCAGAAAUUGGGGACAGUAAAUGUGAAUUUUCCCACUGCAGCAACAGUCCAAGAUGCUCAUAUAACAAGUGCCCAAGUGAAGGAAGCGCAGGUCAUGAAAUAGAAAGUUUUCAUAACAAAGGAUGUGAAGAAGAUGUUCCAAGUGACAGCACUGCAGUCCUGAGCCCUGAAGAUAUGUCAGCUCAAGGAUCCUCUUCACAGCUUCCUAAACCUUUUGAUCCUGAGCCAGAAGCUAAAUAUGGCACACUGGAUGUGACUUUUGACUAUGACUCACAAGAACAGAAGCUUCUGGUAACAGUGACAGCCGUCACAGACAUCCCAACAUAUAACAGGACAGGUGGCAACUCAUGGCAAGUACACCUUGUUCUUCUACCUAUAAAGAAACAGAGAGCAAAAACCAGCAUUCAGAGAGGACCUUGCCCUGUCUUCACAGAAACAUUCAAGUUUAAUCAUGUUGAGUCUGAGAUGAUUGGAAAUUAUGCAGUGCGGUUUAGACUGUAUGGUGUACAUCGCAUGAAAAAAGAAAAGAUUGUGGGGGAAAAGAUAUUUUAUUUAACAAAAUUGAAUCUUCAAGGGAAAAUGUCAUUGCCUGUGAUACUGGAACCUUCUUACAAUCAUUCUGGCUGUGACUCCCAAAUGAGUAUGUCAGAAAUGUCCUGUAGUGAAAGUACAUCCUCAUGCCAGUCUCUUGAACAUGGCUCAGUUCCAGAAAUUCUCAUUGGCCUCCUUUAUAAUGCCACAACUGGAAGAUUAUCAGCAGAAGUGAUAAAAGGCAGCCACUUCAAAAACUUGGCAGCAAACAGACCACCCAAUGGACUGUUCUGUUGUCUAAAACACUUGAUAGGUGGACAGGUUUAUAUAAUCCGAGAUACAUAUGUUAAGUUAACUCUGCUGAAUUCCAUGGGUCAAGAGAUGUCCAAAUGCAAGACAUCCAUCCGCAGAGGGCAGCCAAAUCCAGUAUAUAAGGAAACUUUUGUUUUUCAAGUGGCCCUGUUUCAACUUUCUGAUGUGACACUUAUACUGUCUGUGUAUAACAAACGCAGCAUGAAAAGAAAAGAGAUGAUAGGCUGGAUUUCUUUAGGUCUGAACAGCUCUGGAGAAGAGGAACUCAAUCACUGGACUGAAAUGAAAGAGUCAAAAGGACAGCAAGUGUGCCGAUGGCAUGCCUUACUAGAGUCGUGAUGACCAGGAUAAAUGGGCAACCCCAAUCCAAGGCAGCAUUAUUUCUGAUUACAACACUGCUGUUUUUCCCUGGUCACCAUGAGAAGAGCUGGUCUUUGAAGAAUCCUAUUCAGCAUUCUACCAAAAUGCUUUAAAUUCUAGGAAAGGACAUCUAAUACUGACAUAAAAGAUGAAAAGACAUGUCUCUAUCUCUGGUAGAGUUUGUUUGAGAAACUGAGAAACUUGUAUCACUAUUGUUAAACUAACAAUCCUUCAGAAAUUUAAUAACACACUUUUGAUUUCAAGUAAUUUCAUGGAAGAUUAUGUGAUUUAAAAAAAAUCAGAAUUUUAAUUGCACACUAUUUUAUUAUCACCCUACAUAUUAUGCAUAAAACAUGUUUUGUCUGUCCAGCCUCCAGUGUUUAUAAUUUAAUGUGAGUAGUCGUCACAAGUCAUAUCUAAUGGUGAAGAGUUUCUCUUACAUGGAAAUUGUUAUAUUUCAGAUACUUUGUGCCCUCAGUCAGUUUCAUUGUGCCUCAGUUUUCCAUAGCAUUAAGUCUAAGUGCAAGCAAGUAAUCAUUUUCACAAAGAGAAUUUUUAAGAUGUAUUUUUUUUAAGUUUAUUUCUUUAUUUCCCUCUGCUUUUGCCUGAUCCAA